AUGGUGCGUUCACCUCCAGACAGGCUGGGCGACAUUGCCGACUCCCGAGAUGAUACUUCCUUAGACCAGAGGCUCGAAGCGCGGCUGGCGCACCGGAGAACCCAGGGGACGCUGCGGCAAUUAAGCACUACUAAGCCAGGGAUGGUCGACUUCUCAUCUAACGAUUACCUAUCGCUCUCGACGGCGUUGCCCUCCAUACAGGACUCAUUCCUAGCCCAACUGCGAGACCGGCAGAAGGGCACUGGGACAACAAGUGAAUCAAUACUCGGUGCUGGAGGAUCUCGUCUCUUGGGCGGCAAUUCCGCCUUCGCCGAAUCUCUCGAGCACAAGAUCGCUGCGUUCCACGGUUCCCAUGCGGCCUUGCUGUUCAACUCGGCAUUUGACGCCAAUGUCGGGCUUCUCGGCUCCAUUCCACAACCUGGUGAUGUCAUAUUAUAUGACGAGUCCAUCCACGCAAGUGUUCAUGAUGGAAUGCGUUUAUCUCGCACUUCGCUGAGGAUACCCUUUUCCCAUGCGUCUGUCGUGGGAAUCGCGGCCGCAGAGAGUCUGUCCGAACCCCCAACGGCUCAGAGUGCAGGGGCGUUGGAGGACGUGUUGGAAGCCCUAGUAGGGGGUAACCCUGAUGCAAAGAUCCAUCGCCGAUUCCAUGACCCCGCCGAGGUCCAACUAUGCACAUUGAUGAACAUCAAGACGGGCGGUUGCAGCGAAGACUGCUCGUACUGCGCGCAAUCGACCAGGUACCAAAAGGGCACCGGCCUCGAAGCCAAGCGCGUCGAGUCGGUCGAGUCGGUCUUGGCCGCCGCACGCGUCGCCCGCGACAACGGGAGCACACGGUUCUGCAUGGGCGCCGCCUGGCGCGACAUGCGCGGCCGAAAGAACGCCCUGAAGAAUAUCAAGGCCAUGGUGGAGGGAGUCCACGACAUGGGGAUGGAGAGCUGCGUGACCCUGGGCAUGAUAGACGGCCAGCAGGCUAAGGAGCUGAAGGAGGCCGGGCUCACGGCCUACAACCACAACGUCGACACGAGCCGGGAGUUCUAUCCGUCCGUCAUUUCCACGCGGACAUACGACGAGCGCCUCACGACUCUGGGUCAUGCGCGGGAUGCUGGGAUCAAUGUCUGCUCCGGUGGGAUCGUCGGCCUGGGCGAGACGUCCGGGGACCGAAUAGGUCUGCUGCACACCGUGUCGACGCUCCCGACGCACCCAGAAAGCUUCCCUGUCAAUGCGCUGGUUCCGAUCAAGGGCACGCCGUUAGGUGACCAGCUGCCCAUCGAAUUCAGCAGCAUGCUGCGGACCAUCGCGACGGCCCGCAUCAUCAUGCCGGCUACCAUCAUCCGCAUCGCAGCUGGUCGCAAGACGAUGUCUGAGGAGAAGCAGGCUCUGUGCUUCAUGGCCGGGGCGAACGCCGUCUUCACAGGUGAGAAGAUGCUCACGACCGAGUGCAACGGCUGGGACGAGGACAGAGCCAUGUUUGGCCGAUGGGGGCUUGAGCCGAUGAAGAGCUUUCAGAAGUCGCGAACGCCAGGAAACCAGGGGUAG